AAAAUAAAUUGUGACAAUCGAGAAAACCGAGGAACGAGUCGCGAGAGUUUUUUGGAUUGAGAGUCAACGGAUUCUCGCGACGUAGAUAAAUCGGAUCGUAGUUGUCGAGAGAAAUAGAGUCCUUCGCGAUCCAUAAGAGCGAGGUUCGAGUGUCGCACGUCCAGGUCCAGCUGUUAUGGACAUGGUGAUCUCGAAUUUACAACAGCAACGUCAAGUGACGGAGCAGCUGCGCCGCGAAGCCGCCCUGAAACGAAUCACGGUGAGCAAGGCAGUUGAGGACAUCAUGAAGUACAUUACCGAGCACGAGCAGGAGGACUGCCUCCUGGUGGGCUUCUCGUCACAAAAGUCCAAUCCCUUUCGUGAGAAAAGCACAUGUGUCGUUCUUUAAGCCGGCGUGCUUGAAAUGAGGAUGAAUGGCAAAGGAGAGGCGAAUGACAAUAUCACUUUUACAUCUUUGUAACGGCGCGUUGGUUCGUUGCAGCACCGAGUAUAUUCGCGAUCGUAGAAUCUAAGUAAUUUCCAAUUUAAAUUAUUUUCUGAUACAUGUAUUUAUAUAAGGUCGUUAAAGUGCAAAAAAAUCAAAUUUUUUACUUUAAUAUUUCCUGUUAAAUACAUAUUUUGCAUAAAGUUUAUAAAGUUCUCCAGAGUUAUACAAUCCUAUGCGACUUUGGUAAAAACUUGCACGUGCCUUAUUUUUUAUAGUCUAACCAAAAUUACUGCAAUUGUAAAAGAUAUAUUCACAAUAGUACAAUGUAUUUUUAUAUAUACAUAUAAAAAAUACUGUUAUAUAUUCAUAUGCAUUUAAAUCAUUGGAAUAAUAGCAUUUUAAUAACAAAAAUAAGUUUAUCUUUCUAUAUAUCUACAGUAUUAUCCUAAUAAAACAUGAAAAAUAAGAAUAACAUUUUAUUUUAAAGAGCAAGAUUUAUACAUAUAAUAUUCCAUAGAAUAUUAUGUGUAAGAAUAAGUGCAUUUUUAUUGUGAACAAAAUGUAGUGUUUUAAAAACCAAUAUUUAUCUUUUACAUGCUUUGCAAAAGCAAACAUUUUGUUUCUUACAAGUUUCUCUUUAUCACAUGACAUCACUUAAAAAAAAUGAUUUCUAUAUUUUAUUAAAAAUAUUCAUCCUAUACAACAUUAUACUCUGUAUGUAUAAUUGCACAUGAUUAUUUAGCAAUUAUGUUUCCUUGUUCUUUCUAGCCCUUUUUACUCUUGUUGGCCCAUCGGAGUUACUUAUAUCAGGAUACAUGCUCUUAAAUUCAGGCACUAAAUCAACUGUUUUUUUAUAGGUCUUCAAAACUGAAAAAAUUGCUUUAAUUAUAAAUCAAUAUGCAUUUAUAUUUAUUUUUAUUUUGUAUCUAAGUAAAUAAACUUUGUAUCUCUCGAUA